AAUAUUUUCUCCUCAUCUUCCACUUUAACCUUCAAAUUUCCAGCAACAUUCAAGCACACCCUCCAACCCUAAAACCCCCAAAUAUACUUUUGUAGCCUGUAGGUAUACAUAUACAUACACCCACUUGUCUUAUUUGGUUAAAAAAUGAUUUCUUUUUUCAUCUGGGUAUUCAUAUAGAUGUGCAUAUUCACACACCCACUUGCCUAAUUUGGUUAAAAAUUGAACUUUUUUUAAUCUGGGAUUCAUAUUCAUGUGCAUAAUACACACCCACAAUCCCUAUUUGGCUAAAAGUUUGAUUUUUUUCUUUUGGGAAUUUUUGUUUUUUUGGUUAAAGAAUAGUCAUAGUGAAUCUUUUUAUCUGUGUAUACAUAUAGAAUGAUCAUAUUUACACACCCACUAGCCCUAUUUGGCUAAAGGUUGGAGCUUUUGGGAUUAUCAUUUUGUAGUUUUGAUUAAAGGAAUAGUUCAGGUUGAUUUAAUUUUUUUAUCUGUGUAUAUACAUGUUCAUAUUCACACAUCUACUAGCCCUUUUUGGCUUAAAAUUGGAUCUUUUUUUGGAAUUUUUGUGUUUUUGGUUAGGUAUAGUUCAUAUUGGAUCUUUUUAUCUGUGUAUACAUAUAGAUCUGCAUUGCCAUAUUCACACACCCACUAGUCCCUAUUUGGCUAAAAGUUUAAGUUUUUGGGAAUUUUUGUUUAGUGAUAGGUUGGAUUGGAUUCUUGUUAAGAACUCAGAUAUAAAGAAUGGAGGAAUCAGAAAAGAGAAAGGAGAGGCUGAAAGCAAUCCGAGAGCAAGCUGCAGAGGCUGGAGAUAACAAUGAAGAACAAAAUUCUAUUGGAGGACCCCUUGAUCAUGGCCUUACCAAUCCAUUGAUAGAAACUCCUUCAGCUUCCUCCAGGAAGGAUGAGCCAAGGCCUAGAUUUGACUACUACACUGACCCCAUGGCAGCUUUUUCUGCCAACAACAAAAUGAACAAUCUCAGCCCUCAGGUUUCACAACCAUGUAACACACCUCCAAGACCUAUGAAUGCUGGCUCUCUAGCUUAUCAUGCUCAAGGCAACUAUAACUCGGCUCAAAGAACAUAUCGGCCACGAGGAGUCAAUGCCAUUCCUCUUGGAAUCCGUAGGAAUACUAAUCCCUUUUGCACGCCACAGGGGAACUCCACGUUGGGUAGCUCUCUUGGCACACCUAACAACUACUCUUUGCCUAAUUCACCGCAAAUUGGUGGCAUUUCCAGCCAUGGUUCUCCUCAAGUUAGUGGAGGUUGUAGCCAAUAUGGGCAAGGUAGCCCCUACCAAGGUUCAGGAUUCAGAAGCAAGGCUUACCAAGGUUCAAGAGGAGGCAAGGGUAGAUUCAAAUUCUACUAUAAUGAGUCAAUGGUGGAAGACCCAUGGAAAGCAUUGAAGCCGGUUAUAUGGAAGCCACGUGGCGAUACACAGGACUGUCUGAAAUCCCGGCUUCCCAACUCCAUCAGCGCAAAAAGAGCUAAACUUGGAGAGACUCCAACAAAAUCCACUCCCCAGAAAAGCCUCGCUGAAUAUCUGGCUUCCGCUUUCAAUGAAGCAGCUGGUGAAGACACUGUGAAUAAUGAAUCUUACACAUAAAGCUUUUGAUGCUUGAACUUUUUAGUUAUUUUUAUGUCAUAUACUCCUGUAGUUUCCGCAAAUUGUAAGUUGAGCUAUAGUCCAAACCAAAUCUAUACAGUUUCCUGCUCAUUUUAUGCUAUCAUCGACGCCUAAUAAGUUUCAAUCCAUGUCAAUAUUGACUAGCUCUUGAUAUCCUUGGAGUGAAACAGAUUUUAUGCACUCAGGUUUGAUUUCUUUUUGGAACUGUGAA